CAUGAGCUCAGUUUAGUUGCUUAGCAACAUGCCAUGCAAAGUUCCAUGUUGUGUGUGAAAAUGGGCGGUAAUGGAAAAAGAGAGCGUAUUUAAUUCACCUUAAAUAUCUCACUCAAAGUACAUUUCAACAGUCCUACAGAAAAUAAAAACUGCUAACCAUGUCUAUAAUGAUGUCUUCUCCAAGAGAGAUGUCCUGUAACAAAAUUGAACCUCAAGCAAAUGAAGAGAGUGAUACAAAUGUCCAGUCAGAUGGUGACCAAUCCGGGAACUCUGGGUUCUGCGGAUACCUCCUUUCUUUCUUUUCCUUCCUCCUUGUCUUCCUUACUUUUCCUGUCUCUGUGUGGUUUUGUAUGAAGAUUGUCCAGGAAUAUGAAAGAGCAGUUAUUUUUCGCUUGGGACGACUCAUUGGUGGCGCUAAAGGACCUGGUUUGUUCUGGAUUAUUCCAUGUGUGGAUACAUUUCGGAAGGUUGACUUGAGGACAGUGUCUUUUGAAAUCCCUCCUCAAGAGGUGCUGACCAAAGACUCUGUGACUAUCAUGGUGGAUGCGGUGGUCUACUAUCGUAUCUUUAACCCAACUGUCUCCAUUACCAAAGUGGAGAAUGCUAAUCAAGCCACGCAGAUGAUUGCACAGACUACUUUACGAAACAUGCUGGGAACUAAGAGCUUGGCAGACAUCUUAAAAGACCGUGAGGAUAUGUCAGAACAGAUGGAGGCUGUGCUGUAUGCUGCAUCCAAGAACUGGGGUAUCAAAGUGGAACGGGUCGAGCUUAAAGACGUCAAACUGCCCACCUCUUUGCAGAGAGCCAUGGCAGCUGAAGCAGAGGCCACCAGAGAUGCCCGGGCCAAGGUGAUCGCAGCAGACGGAGAAAUGAAAGCCUCGCGUGCUCUGAAGGAGGCGGCGGACGUGAUGUCAGAGUCUCCGGCAGCACUUCAGCUGCGCUAUAUGCAGACACUGACUGAGAUCGCCACGGAAAGAAACUCAACUAUUGUCUUUCCUCUUCCUUUAGACCUUAUCUCUAAUUUCAUGAGAAGAUGACCACAUAUGAGGAUUAUAUCAAUGUUCAAAUAUCUCUGUAGAGACAUUACGGCUAUAUGU